AUGUCACAGCACGAAGCAAAUCUGAGAAAUUAUUUGUCAAAGUACAAACAUCCAAAUGAAGCAAGAGCAGAUAUUGCAAACACAAUGGCACAGUACAGAGAUUUGCGGCCUUCACUUGAACCAUUUGUUUUCAAUGAUGGAACACAUCGCCAGCUUGUUAAGCUUGAAGGCACGAUCCCUGUGUACUACAAAGGAAAUACCUACAACAUCCCAAUAUCAAUAUGGGUGCUUGAUACCCACCCUUAUAACCCACCCAUGGUAUUUGUGAAGCCAACCAAUACCAUGCAGAUCAAACCUGGCCGUUAUGUGGAUGCCAAUGGGAAAGUGGAUAUGCCUUUCAUUCGAGAAUGGAGACAUCCAACCUCAGAUCUUCUAAGUCUAGUGCAGAUCCUGGCCUUUUCCUUUGGGGAAGAGUGUCCUGUAUUCUCAAGGACAUCUGGACAAAGGCCACAGAGUGUGUCUUACCCUGGUCCACCACCAUUACCACCUGGGAUGCCAAUGCCUGGUUUACCCUACCCACCAUCCGGUGGUAUUCCUGGUGCAGGAUAUCCGGGUGCAGGCUAUCCACCUUAUCCACAAAUGGCUGGUUAUCUAAAUCAGAGUAGUGCACCAUAUCCCGGAUAUCCACCAUCCAGUCAGAAUAGUGGCUUUCCACCUCAGUACCCAGCCAGCACAACUGUCCCACCUUACCCAGGCCCACAGCAGUCUCCUGCCUACACAGAUGCUUUAACAGGUUAUCCUUCUUCGCAGUUCAACAGCCACACUGCUUAUCCUGCAGUUAACAGCAUUGGUGCCAAACCUCAAUUUACUCCAGGUGGUACUGUCACAGAAGCUGACCUGAGGGCAUCUCUGCUUUCUGCUGUAGAGGAUAAGAUCAAGUGGAGACUGAAGGAAACCUUUGCACAGGCGCAGGCAGAAAUGGACGUACUUUGUAAGACACAGAGAGAUUUGAAUGAUGGAAAACAGAAGUUGGACAAAAUCAUUUCAGAUUUAGACAAAGAGAAGAUGGAGAUAGAAAAAAACAUAAACUUAAUCAGGAAGAAGGACAGCGAAGUCAGAGAGGCUGUUCAGAAGAUGGAACAGCAUCAGGAUCUGAAGAUUGAUGAGGCUGUUGUCACUAUUGCCCCGUUAUACAGACAGUUGGUUGAUGCCUUUGCCGAAGAGCAAGCCAUUGAGGAUGCUAUUUACUAUCUGGGAGAGGCAUUGAGAAAGAAUGUAAUAGAACUGGAGUCAUUUCUGAAGAGAGUGAGAGAGCUUUCUAGAAAGCAGUUUAUGCUUCGAGCCACUAUUCAGAAGUGCAGGGAGAAGGCAGGUCUGCCACCACUGCUGUAA